CCGUCUUCAAAACCUCCCCUUGAGCCCUACACUGCUCCGGUGUUUCCUCACGCCGCCGCCGUCGCCGUCGCCUUCGCGUCCGUGUUCGCCUCCUCCUCUCCCUCCUCCGGCGCCUCGCCACCGCCGUCGCCAUGGGGAGACGGCCUGCUAGGUGCUACCGCCAGAUCAAGAACAAGCCAUACCCCAAGUCGAGGUACUGCCGUGGUGUCCCUGACCCGAAGAUCAAGAUCUUCGACGUUGGGAUGAAGAAGAAGGGAGUGGACGAGUUUCCCUCCUGCGUCCACCUGGUCAGCUGGGAAAAAGAGAACGUCUCCAGUGAGGCUCUUGAGGCUGCCCGUAUUGCUUGCAACAAGUACAUGACCAAACAUGCUGGCAAGGAAGCGUUCCACCUGAGGGUCAGGGUCCAUCCAUACCAUGUCCUUCGCAUCAACAAGAUGCUUUCAUGUGCCGGGGCUGAUAGGCUCCAGACUGGAAUGAGGGGUGCUUUUGGGAAGCCUCAAGGUACCUGUGCUCGUGUGGACAUUGGCCAAGUCCUCCUUUCGGUGCGCUGCAAGGAGAGCAAUGUUGUUCACGCUGAAGAAUCCCUCCGCCGUGCCAAGUUCAAGUUCCCUGGCCGUCAGAAGAUCAUCCGCAGCAGGAAGUGGGGCUUUACAAAGUACAACACUGAAGAUUAUAUCAAGUACAAGAGUGAGGGAAGAAUCGUUCCAGAUGGUAUCACUGCUAAGCUUCUUGGUGUCCAUGGCCCUAUUGCUAAGCGUGCCCCUGGGCAGGGCAUCCUGGCUUGUUGAAGUGUACACAGAUCAUUUCCGUCGCUAAAUGGAACUCGAGACCUUUUUUUUUUGCGGUAGUCUAAUUAUCCAUGCUAGAACGAUUGUUAAGUAAAGUUGGCUGUUGGCUGCGACGUGAUCUGCUCCCUAGUAGCUCUCUCUGUAGCCCGUUUUUGGUGGUGGUGGUUUACAUAUCUACGGUUUUGUGUUGUUUCAACCCUUUAUGCUGAUCCAUAUCCGCAAGUGCUAGAGAAUUGUGGAUUAACAGCUCUGAAUCAUGCAGUAAUGUUGUAUCACGCACUUAUGCUCAUCGUGUACUACUGUGGAUUUUAUGUGCCAAGUGUUCCCAUGUCCUGAUGUGACACCA